AUGAGUAGUAACGCGCCCACUGCUGCGGCUCCUUCCGCCGUUCCUCCCCCUGAACACGCGCGCCGCUGUUGUCUCCGCUGCUCCCAGCAGCUCUCGAAUGACCCCAACCUAAUCUGUGCCGUCACCCCCGGAUCUACCAAAUGCUCCCGCUGCAUCAACCUCCGAAAGACCUGCCGACCUGUCCCCCCGUCUUUCGUCAAGCGUCUCAAGCGCCUGGUCGCAUCCCGCGACUGUUACAAGCGCCUAUCCUGCACUGCCACCUCCUCCCUUGCUGAGACGGAGCUAGCCCGAACGGAGCUCUAUUUUCGCCAGUGCUCCUUCAACCGUGAUGUCGCGACCUUCUUACGGAAUGCGCGCCGUCAAGAUCAAGCCGCCCCGUCGGUCGAGGUCGCCAUGCUGAUGAUGGUGGAAGCUCUCGAUGGCAUCAGUCACUCUUUGGAGGACCUUGUGGAUAUCAUGUGUCAGCAGGUGUAA